AUCUGUUUGGAGACCGUGCCUUUUGUUCUGUUAUUGAGAGAGAGAGAGAGAGAGAGAGAGAGAGAGAGAGAGAGAGAGAUAGAGAGCAGCGGGGUGUGUGAGCUCAGAAAGGUGGAUGAGCUGGUCUCGAGGAGGAGAGUGCACGAGAUGCUGCUGCUGACACAUUCCUUGAAAGAUGAGUAAAAAGGAGCAAGAAUGUUGGAGUUACCGGAUGUAGUUUGGAUCGAGAGGAACUGAAUCACUUCUUUCCCAUCCUUGUCUUCGCUCUUGCCUAACCUUCUUUUUUUGCAUCUCGUCUAAUUUUCGAUGUGAUUAAAUGGCUUCCGGACGGCGCCGCCAGGCUCCACGCGCACUCGGAAUACUCCUGCUCGCUGUUGUCGGUAUGGCGUGUGGGGGUGAGCUGUCAUUCACCCUGGAGCCCAGUGACAUUAUUGCUGUUCAGGAACAACCUCUGAUGCUGCACUGUCAGGUGGAGGGGAUCCCGCCCAUCACCAUACAGUGGAGGCGCAACGGAGCUCUGAUUGUACAGGACCAAAACUAUGUCAUGUUUGCAAAUGGCUCGCUUCUGAUUGGUCAUUUCCAGAAGACCAAGUCUGACGGCUCGUCUGAUGAGGGAGACUAUGAGUGCAUAGCCCAAAAUUUCUUUGGGUUGGUCUUGAGCCGCAAAGCCAGAGUUCAGGCUGCUACAAUGGCAGAUUUUCAUGUGCAGCCACGUUCAGUUCGUGCAGAGCUGGGAGGUGUUGGGCGAUUUCAGUGCCAAAUCCAUGGUCUGCCUGAGCCAGUCAUCAGCUGGGAAAGAGAUGGGCGACCCGUGGAUACCUCUGAUGACAGGUAUACUCUGUUGCCAACGGGUGUGCUGCAGAUAACGGGUGUUCGCCCUGAGGACAGCGGGAUGUACUGCUGUGUUGCCCACAACAGUGCUGGAGUCAAACACAGCACAGGAGCGCAGCUCUCAGUCUCAGGCUCCCAGUCAUCUGUUUACAAAGAACCCAUGAUCCUAGUUGGCCCUGAAAACCUCACCCUCACAGUUCACCAGACUGCCAUCUUGGAGUGUGUUGCCACGGGUUACCCUCGCCCAAUCGUUUCUUGGAGUAGACUGGAUGGACGGCCAAUAGGAGUUGAGGGUAUCCAGGUACUAGGAACAGGAAACCUGAUGAUCUCUGAUGUCAGAGUUCAGCAUUCUGGCGUUUACGUCUGUGCGGCCAACAAGCCAGGAACCCGUGUGCGCAGAACUGCUCAGGGACGCCUGGUUGUGCAAGCCCCUGCAGAGUUUGUGCAGCCCCCUCAGUCUAUUGCUCGCCCGGUGGGCACCACUGCCGUCUUCACUUGCCUGGCACAGGGUGAGCCAGUCCCACAAAUCACCUGGCUGAAAAAUGGACAAAUCUUAGACCCUGAUGGCCAUGUCAAACUCAGGAACAACAACAGUACUCUGACCAUCUAUGGAGUAACCCAGGAUGAUGAGGCCAUAUAUCAGUGCAUUGCAGAGAACAGUGCUGGCUCCACACAGGCCAGUGCCCGUCUGACCGUGCUGUGGGCUGACGGCUUGCCGGGUGUGCCCACGGGGGUACGUGCAGAAGUCCUUUCUCCGACCUCCAUUCAGGUGUCCUGGAACGAGCCCACCCAAAACCCUCAGGACAUAAUUGGAUAUGUGCUACAUAUCCGCAAGACUGCUGACCCAGUGGAGAUGGAGUACCAGGAGGCUGUGAGUAAAAUGACCCUGCAGCAGGUAAUUGGAGAUCUGGAGCCUUCCACCAGCUACAGCUUCUAUGUGAAGGCUUACACAUCCCGCGGAGCCAGCAAACCCUCUGAGACAGCUGUGGAGAGAACUCUGGGAGAAGUCCCUGCACCACCAGCCUUGUUCACGAAGGUGAUUAAUUCGACAGUGGUCCAGGCCACAUGGGAGCCUUCCACUAAGAUGGGCCAGCAGGAAGGAUUCAAUCUCUACUACCGUAAGGUUCCCGUCCCCAUCUUCACGGGACCCCUUACCUUCCCACGUAAUGUGACCCAGUACAACAUCACUCAGCUAGAUCCCUCUUUUGUGUAUGAAAUGAAGAUUCUGGCUUUUAACCAGCAUGGAGAGGGCAAUGCCACUCUGCGCUUGGUGUCACUCAAGGAGGCAGUGGAGAAAUCAGUGCUAAAUACCCCUUGUGACUGUGUAAAAGAUGAACAGAAUAAAAGCUCCACCACAGGCAUCAUCAUCGGCAUCCAUAUUGGAGUCACUUGCAUCAUUUUCUGUGUCCUUUUCCUUGUGUUCAGCUACAGGGGAAGGUUGAUGAUGUGUAAAACCGUGCAGGCCUCCCGACAGGCGGGCCGCAAUCCAGCAGCUGGAGUCGUGCUCGAAUCCUCCUCUUCAUCACAGGGGACCCUGGCCCUCAACAGCCCUCACAGGUUCAGCUCAGACAGAAAUGGAGGAACCCUCACUGCAAAGAGCUGCACUGACUCCAAUGAGAUGGAGAGACUCUUCUCAGGACCAUCCCACUCCUCCCAUCCACCUGUUACCACCCACGCAAAUGCGAGCUCUUUGGUCUUUUGUCCAUUGAAUGAAACCCAGAUGUCCACACUUCCCCUUGAUGACUUCAGCCUGAUGGAGGAGUGUGAGGUUCAGUUCCGGCAGCAUCCAGCAGAUGGCCAACAGGAUGAAGACUGAUGAAGGAAUAAAGGCCAAGAUUAUCCUCUACUCAGACUCCUGUCCAACUCAGGUCAACUGAAGUAUUCAUCUUUUUCAGUUCUGUUUUUAUCAUGCAAAGAAUAUAUUAUUCGUAAGUUAAGUUCCCUUUGUGGGAAUCACUGGACUGUAAUGCCGAGGGUCCCUCUGGCCUCAAGGUUCUGCGAUCGACAUCUAUUAUUUCUCAUUGGUAGGUGAACAAAUACAUACUUGCAGUUUCAGCUGGCAGCAUACAUUCAAAGUCUCCAGUCACUAGUAUCUAGAUGAUUUUAUUUGGCUUCUUCUGCACAACAGAGGAGUAUAUUUCCUACCAAAACAUCUAUUUUUCAACUUGCUGCCUCCUCUUAACCUACUUAUGAUUUCACAAGUCAAUCCACCAGAGACCAAGACCUUCUUCCAGGGAUUUCAUAUUAUUCUCAGGACUUUUUUGUUCACUGAUAUCAAUGUUUUUUUUUAGUAGGUCUCAGCCUUCACAAAGACUUUAGACUCUAUGUUAUGUGAACCUUAGAAUUUGCAACAAAAAAACCUACCUCAGCAGGAAUGAAUGUCUUGAUGGAAGUCUUUGAGAUCUGCAUCUUGUUGUCUGUUCUGUUUUUAUACACAUCAGUCGUUCAGUCAAAAGAGAAAAAGGUGCUUCUCUACCUCAGAUUUCAAGGACUGCCGCUCCCCUGCUCGCUGAAGCGAAACCUGAAAAAAAUCCAACAUAUAGCACUUCCAAAUGUUGAAGUCAAUGUUCUACCUCAAAAUAACAAUGUUGUUAUUGUCGUUGUGGUUCUUAUCUCAUACUGAAACAUAGCCUCUGUUUGUGAGAUCCUGGCUUCACUAUGUUAAUGAAUUGCUGUGUUUUGAUAUGUCAGUACCUCAUGCCAGUUGACAUGACAUUGUUCUAUGAAUUCUGCUUGUCAAGAUGUUCUGAUAGUGUCCUUGUAUUCACUUGUUUGUUUCCUGAUCAGAGUAUUUUGAGUAUUUUUAUUUUUAUUGUAGUAGGCGCCGUAAAAUGGGAACUUUUUAACUGCACUGUUACUAUUGUCUUCAGGAUAAUAAAAAAAACUACUGCUCUCAGAUGAACCGCUGGAAGAAGAGAGGCCACUGUACGCAACGCUGGAUAUAAACACGUUUAGGUUUAGGUAUUUGAAUAGUCUGACUUCAUGUGUUUUCCAUAUCAUGUUACACAAAAGAACUGGGGGGAUCAAUAUGUAAAGCAUUCUUUGCAUAAUUAAGCACAUAUACUUUUCUAUGGGUGCUGGUAGAAGUAAAAUGUGAUCUAGAUUAGAAACACAUAUCACAUGUUGUGAUAUUUCGUGAAGAAUUGAAAUGGACUUUGCCUGGGCACAGGACUUGUGAUCAAUUACGAAGCCCAUGCACGCUUCGAUACUGUUGAGGCCAUUCAGACUCUCCGCUUCAUGUUAUGAUGUGAACACCAAACUAUGGAAGAACUGGGCAUUCUAGAAUUCUCCAGGAAGUGAACAUUCCAUUAUGAGCCAAAGCCACUGGAGAUUCUCAUGGCUUCUAUGUGGAGUUGCAUCAUUUUUUUUUAAUAUCCCAUGCCCCUCGUCCAUGUUUUUAGUGCCACAUUGAUCAGGGAGCACAAAGUGCAUCAGAUAUAUGCUCAUAACUCGCACAUAUGACAUCUGUUGGCAUUAGACUCCCAGAAUGCUGAGUAGAGGAUGAUUUUCACUGUGUGCUCAGCCACUCAGUCCAAGACCAGCUGUUUCUUUUAGUGGGGAGGGAGAGUCGAAAGUACCAGCAAGAUGUUCCUUCUCUUCUCUGGUGUCCCAUAGUGCUAUGGUACAUAUAUAUAUAUAUAUAUAUUUUUAGUAACCUACCUCGACACAGCAGUCAUGUCUCAGGUUGCUCCUACUCUGAUGGGGAGAUUGUAUUUUUUGUAUAGUACACACAAACACACACACACACAUACAUACACACAUCAGAGGAGAACAUCUCCUUUGGGCCCUUUAGCACAGUGGUUCCCAACCACGUUCCUGGAGGCCCCCCAGCACAGCAUGUUUUCCAUGUCUCUGUUAUCAAACACACCUGAUUCAGAUUAUCAGCUCAUUAGGAGCGACUCCAAGACCUGAAAUGGGUGUGUCAGACAAAGGAGAGAUGCAAAAUCUGCAGUGUUGGGGGGGCUAUAGGAACAAGGUUGGGUACCACUGCUUUAGCAUCAGCUUUUCAUGCUCCUUGAUUGUUUUUUUUGUUGUUGUUGUUUUUUCGUAAAGUGUCUUUUUUUAUGUGUUAUAUUUGUGACCCUGGACCAAAAACCAGUCUUAAGUGUGAAUUGAAAUUGAGAUUUAUGCAUUUAUGCAAAUAAGCUUUCCAUUUAUUUAUGGUUUAUUAGGAUCGGAUAAUAUCUGGCAGAGAUGCAACUAUUUGAAAAUCUGGAAUCUGAGGGUGCAAAAAAAUCUAAAUGCUGAGAAAAUCCCCUUUUAAUUUUUCCAAAUGAAUUCUUAGCAAUGCAUAUUAAUAAUCAAAAAUUACGUUUUUGAUUUUUACAAAAUAUAGGAAAUUUACAAAAUAUCUUACACCCUAGCAACAAUACCAGGUACCCUAGCAACCACAUAGCAACACCUUAGCAACCAUUCCAGUUACCCUAGCAACAACAUGGCAACACCCUAGCAACCAUCCCAGGUACCCUAGCAACCACAUAGCAACACCUUAGCAACCAUUCCGGUUACCCUAGCAACCGCAUAGCAACACCCUAGCAACCACUCAAUGUACCCUAGCAACCGCAUAGCAGCACCCUAGCAACAAUCCCAGGUACCCUAGCAACCGCAUAGCAACACCCUAGCAACCACUCAGGGUACCCUAACAACCGCAUAGCAACACCUUAGCAACCAUCCCAGGUACCCUAGCAAACACAAAACUUUAUGAUUUUAAAACUUAUUUACAUUUUUUACUAUUUCAGACUGAAACCGUCAAAUUAAACUUUUUCAACUUCUUAACCUUUUAAACUUUCUGGCCAGGCUUUCUCAAGCCAACUUAAAGUUUGUCUUGACAAACUUUUUUAUCUAGUUUAUUAUUAUUAUUAUUUUUAGCUAUUGCUAAGAAUAUACCCCAGCAACUUAAGACUGGUUUCAUGGUCCAGGGUCACAUUUGUCUGUAUCAAAUAGUCAUGUUAGUUCCAGCUGAUUCAGAUGACUCGUCCAUCAGUUUUGCCACUCAUUUUUGUUCAUAAUUAAAAAAUGCAAUUCUUGUCAUCAUAACUGUGUGUAGAUGAUGAGUCAAAUUUGCAUAUUUUCAUAACACCCACAGCUUGUGUAAUUAAUCUUUUUAUAGAAAUGGACAAAGUAAGCCUAGAUAAUCAAAAAUCCUAUUCAUAGAAGUAUAUUCCUUCAAAUACUGGUUCUGGAACAGAAUUGCACAGUGUAUUACAGUGUAGAAAAGACAAUGUGCUGUAUAUUUAUUGCACCAAAUGCAAUUGUAAUGUUGUCAAUGGAUACAGUAGAAGCUUUUGUGUUGUCUGUAUACAGAUCAGUGCUCAGUUCUUUGGCUGUGUUAAAUAUAAUUAAUAGAAAAGACUCUGAACAACAGAAGGUAUGUGAAAUGCUGUGCUGUAGAACUUUGUCCCUAAUAAUGAAAGUCUCUAAGAAAUAUCUAUUGUACAGUUUUGGUGCUCUUGGCAUUCCUGUAAUAAGACGAAACGGUUUCAUCUGUACAGUAAUGCGAUACAAGCAAUUCUCAAUGCUGUUACAUCUCCAAAAGUUAGCAGUCUAUCUCGUUUCCAGAUAGAUUUGGUCUUGUGAUGUUUGUAAAAUACUAUUGUGCAAUUAAGUAUUUUUAAAAACAGUAAUGAGCAUCAUCAGGAUUCAUGUUAUAAUACUGUAUUUGUAAGAUUCCAGUGCGAUCUCUAAUGUUGCAAAAUGUCUUCUAGAAAGCAGGUCUUGAUUUGGUUGAAUUCGGGUGGACUUUUAACCACAAAUGAACAGCUGCUGUAUUCAAGUUUUUAGCUCUUAUAUCUGGUUUCAAAUAAAGGGGUAAUUGGAGCCAUUUUGCAUGCGUUGAACCUGUGAUGAUAAUCCUGAUGGUGAAAAGUCAGUUACUGUGAUCAAGCAUUCGAUCCACAGGCUUUCUGAGCCGCUCAUAGUGCUUGAUCUCGCUUUGUUUCCAUUCAAUAUUAAGUAUGGUUUCUGGCUCAAAUCCAUGAAAGAACAGAACAUGCUACUACAAUCUCUAGAAGUCUCUAGUCUCUAGAACCCACCUCGCACAUAUAUAUAGUAUACGCACACACGCGUUCACCCCCCUGUAAAGAAAGUCAUGUUUGUGUCCGCAUUAGUCCCCAGGGAGACUCAGGGAUGAGGCAUUAACAUUUAGCAGCCUCAGCUCCCGCCACCGCUAUGGAAACACCGACCUAUUCACAGCAGCAGAAGGACGUUCAAACUUUGAAUUUGUAAAACAAACAGCUUUUAGUAGAGGAUAAUAUGUACCAGUUUCAAUCUGUUAAGCCCCUUUCAGGAGCAGGAUUAGAAAAGUGCAUUUUUUGCUUUUGGUGAGGGGACCCAUAGCAGCCUAACUGUUUAUCUAGGUGCAGACUAUGCUUGCUUUUACAGUAUUACACGCUCAGAGGCUUUAAACGUGUGUAUUUGAUGCAAUCACAGCAAGAGGUUUCUAGAAGCAACUGGGGAUUUCUGAUGUUACCAUGUGAAAAUCUGGUCCUGUGAUGAUGUCCAUUACUGUUAGUAAAAUCUUGUCGUACUGUUGGGAAAUUUUUGUAGUGAUGCUCUUACAAUGGAAGUAGAAAAGCAGCCUGUGGGGUUUAAAAAUUGAAUGUUUUCCAGCAUUAAUUAUCUAUUUAAUACCAUAUGUUAAUUGAGAUAUUAAGAUUCCUACUUUUUUUUUAUAGAAACAAUGUAAUUUAAAUCCAUUCAGUGUGCUUUGAAGUUACUUACGUAUAACUUUGCACAUUACAGUAGUCUCAUGCUAAGACAAGUUUUGGUUAUGCGUUUGAUAGAGUGCAACAGUUACACAUUUGUGCUGCAUAUGACCCUUCAGCAAAUUGUUUCGCCAUCCAGCCAUUUCUGUUCACAGACAAAGUGUAAUUUUAGAGGAAAUGAAGAGAGCACAAGAGAUGACAUACAACUGAGCAGGUGUGAGAUGUUCUGUUUCCACUAUUCAGUUCUUCAUCAAACUCACUCUCUGUAAUUCAGAUCCGGGUGAAAUUACUGUUUUAACUGCAUUGGAAACACUGUUUCUACCAGUUUGUCUCCUUCAAAUUUGAUGUCUGUAACCCCCUCUGACCACAGACUGUCAGUGUUGUGUCUGUACAUAUGCAUAUUUAUUUUAUAUGUGUAUAUGUAUAUUUAUAUAAAGAAAGAAUACUAGACCGUUUUUAGUGGUUUGUAUUGUUUUAGGGUUCAUUAUGAAACACUGUUUAAAGUCAGUAACAAUGACAAUA